GAUGCGGCCAUUAGCGCCACUAGUGAUCCGGCUGCUGGCCGUGUCACUGGUGGCGCUGGUCCUGGCCGAGCCCGGUCCCGGCACCGCCGUGGUCACGCAGCUGCCCGAGAGGACCACCAUCCCGAUCCGCGUGACGCCGCAACGCAAGCAGCAACGGCAACGCAACCGACGCCGGACGACGACGACGACAACCGUUGAUCCGUACGAAGACGAGGAUGAUCAUACCACACCUGUCACCACCACCACCGUGGAUCCGAGGAGCUUCGAUCAUAUCGACCUGGGCAGCUGUGAGGUACCGCUGGGCAUGGAGAGCGGCAUGAUCUCCAACGAAUCCCUCUCCGCCAGUUCCAGCUAUGACAUGAGCGUCUCUCCUUUGAGUGCCAGGAUUCGAACGGAGAUACGCGGUGGGGCUUGGUGUCCGAACGGGCUGAUCACGCCAGCCAGUCGUCAGUACCUCGAGGUAGACCUUCGGGACGAGUACCUGAUCACGGGCACCGAGACACAGGGUCGGUUCGCGAACUCCGUCGGCGUUGAGUUCGUAGAGAGCUACUCUCUCGAAUACUGGAGGAACUCUCUCAAUAGAUGGGUCAAAUACAAGGAUUUUAAUGGGAGUCGACUAAUACCCGGUAACACAAACACGUAUACACCAAGGAACAACACUCUGGAGGCACCGUUUGUAGCGUCGAAAGUGCGUUUUUUUCCGUACGCCGCACACCCGAGGACCGCGUGCAUGCGGGUCGAGCUUUACGGCUGCCGUUGGAAACAGGCGCUAGUCUCUUACUCGGCACCGCAAGGCGGGGAUAUGCAGACGAUGACUGGUGGUGCGAAGUUCGAAGAUCUGUCCUAUGAUGGGAUACUCCGAGGCGGCAGGAUGCUGAACGGUUUGGGACAGAUCACCGACUCGUAUCUGGGCCCUAAUGAUUUUGAGCUCCCCGAUCCAUUGGAUACUCGAGGAACUCGCUGGGUGGGCUGGAACAAGUCAAUGCUGGUGGAGGACGAGGUCAAGCUAACGUUCAACUUCACGGACACACGCCUGUUUUUUCACGUCAAUAUACACACCAACAAUAUGUUUACCAAGGACGUGCAGCUUUUCAAGGAAGCCGAAAUAUAUUUUUCGCUGGAAGGCGAAAGAUGGCAGGAGGAUUAUAUUUCAUAUGAGCCGAAACAGGAUAAAGUGUCAGAGCACGCCCGCAACGUACACAUUGAUUUAGAGAACCGCACAGCCAAGUACAUCACCAUUAAAUUCAAGUUCCAACACGAGUGGAUAUUGAUCAGCGAAGUCACCUUUAAAUCAGCACCAACCGUGGUCAAUUCAUCAGCUGAGUUCAUCGAGGAGUAUUAUCGCACUGACACCACUCCAUCAUCGAGGAAGAAGCGGAACUCAUCUUUACGGGUUUCCGUUGGCUUGGCAUGCGGGGCGUUGGUCGGAGGAGGUGCUUUUAUAGCUGCUGCAGCUGUGCUCUUCACGAAACGGUCCAGACGCCGCAUUCCGAAUAUGCUCAAAAAGCCUUUCUGUCCGUCCCUCAGACAUAACUCCAGCUCGAGGAACAACAGAAGAGCGCCAAGAUUAGCUCUUGCCCUCGCGAAUUGCCCGCCGAUUCAUAUGCUCAGACCAGCAAUCGUGGAUGAAGACUACCGCGAGCCCUACAACAUCUGGCGGGAGACGCUAGGCCGGCGCGAAAAACGUGAAAACCCCGAUCAAAACGAGUAUAACGAAAUCUGCGAGGAUACCGACUUCCCCCGACCCUACAUGAUGAAACGACCCGACCCGCACGAAAGUUUCUACGCUGCCACCGACAUUAUACACCAUACGUACCCGGAAGAGCGCUCCUGCCGGCGCGAGCGGCCGCCCCCAGGGCUGUUCACGUCCAUCAAACUACCCGAGGCCGAGCCCCCAAACGGGGUGGCGCCCCUGCUGGAUUUCCCGCGGGGGCGCAUGCGACCAGUUACUUUUCUGGGAGAGGGACCUCAUGGAACUCUCCAGAUCUGCGAGACGGAUGGAAUCGAAGAACUGAGCGACGAAGAGUCCCCGAGUGGAGAUCGCCGCCGCCUUGUUGUCGUCAAGACACUGUGGCGCGGAUGCCAUAACGAUAUCAAAGCGGCGUUUGCCCGCGAAGCUACAUGGGGUGCCGGGCUGAAACAUCCUCAGCUCGCGCGGGUUCUUGGACUGAGCCUGCUAGAGCCCCCAUGCGCGGCACUCGACCGCGGAGAUGCUGUUCCCCUGCCUACGAUAUUGAAAACGGAACGCAGAUUGAAUUACUCGAGUUUGAUUCACAUAUGCUGUCAAAUUGCCAACGGCAUGAAAUAUCUGGAAUCGUUCGAGUUAGUACAUCGGGAUUUGGCGGCCAGAAACGUGACAGUCAGCGAAGAUCUCCACAUUAAAGUAUCUGAUUAUGCCAUGUUCUGCGAGGAGUUCACAGGCGAAUACCACAUAAUGGCCAACGGCGCCAAAAUACCAUUGCGCUGGAUGGCCUGGGAGAGCUUGCUCAUGGGUCACUGUUCACCGGCUAGCGACGUGUGGUCUUUCGGUGUGACGGUCUGGGAGGUGUUGACGUACUGCAUGGCCAAGCCCUUUGAAGAGAUGAGCGACGACCAGGUUGUAGCUAACGCCACGGAAUGGCGAAACGGCGGUCGUAACGCGAGAGUCCCCGCUGCCCCACCUCCCAGAUGCCGUCGGGAGCUAUACGACCUCAUGCACGAGUGCUGGCGACGGGAACCCAUGCAGAGGCCGCGCUUCCACGACCUCCAUCGGUUCCUAGACCGAAUGACCCACGGAUACAAACCCCCCAACCGUUAAGACAUAAUCUUAGACUACAUUUUUAAUUAAGACGAUUCGGCUACUUCACCUAACGAACUACGUUUCGUAUGAGCUUCUAGCGUUCAGUAGAUAUACACUAGGUUAGGAACUGUAUCGCCCGAGGGUAAUGAAAAGUGAACAGACUGCAAAUUGUGAUAGGACGGUCGGGCAGUAUUAAUACAGUAUUACAAACUAUAAGCACUUAGAGAUAAAGCGUGUAGAAAACGCGCAGCUUCGUAUACUUAUGUGUAUUUCUGAACGUUUACUUGUAGGAAAUAUACAGAAGUGCUUCAAGAUUGUGAGGACUAGUCACGACUCACGAUCUUAUAAAACAUCGAUAUCCGACACGUCGGGUAUUGAUAUUUUACAGCGCGCAGCGGGCCUCGAGGUAGGUUGUUAUUUGUAGUCCGAUUCCAUAAUUCGGUUAGGUUAAGUGAUGUGAUUGAAACUUAGAGGUCCGCUCGCGUGAUGUUAUCGAUGUUUCUUACUCGAAAUCGAUGAAUAUAUUCAACACGUCAGGAAUAUCGAUAAUACGAUAAUAUGGUACACGCCUUUCCCCAGCGCCCUUCGCCUAGCGCUCCCACGAUCUUCCAUUAUCACCGCCUCUACGGCGAACCCUUUAGUAGAAUACACCAGUAAAGUGAACGGACACAUCGCCUGUAGCGGCAGUGCCUUACCGUACAUUUACUGGUGCAACCCGCUCUAUCGUCGGCUCGAUGGUGAACCUAUACUUUAAUAUUGUAAGUAUCGCUGCGACAUAGAUGAAUUUACCCUGACGCUUAUUUAGGAGGGCUAGAUUCAUCACCGAGUUCGACAUUUGUCUAUAGUAUAUCCAAAUCUAACUCCUAUUUUUUUAACCUGUUUUAAAUGUUAAGGUUAUUAUAUUCGAGAGGAUUUAUGGUCCUCUAGGGCGCAACCGCCCCCUGUGCUUCUUGUUUUCUUCAAUAGACUUAGCAACUUUUGUAAAUAUGAAUUUUACGGAUUUUUCUUCUAAAUAACAUGUUGCACGAUUGUCAUUCGUCGAUUGAUAUUUACAAAAGUAUAACAUAGGGUAAGUUACUUCGAUGUAAAUCGAACAUCAUAUAUAUACCUUUAAAUAAAUAUCUGUUCUUAUAAUCUCAAAAUAAAUAGUAUUAGGAUACAUUAUAUCAUUACAUUGUAUGUCCACUCAUAUUUACUAAAUGUUGUCAUAUACAUGACCCAAUCCCUCGAUGUUAGCUCCGGUUCAUCUGUCAGUAAGUUGUAUUGACUAUUGAGAAAGCAUAAAAGAUUGAUA